GGUAAGACCGUAGUUUGUCGUCGUAGUAGAUCAAAAGGCCGUAGUAAGUAGAUCAUCAAACGGCCGUAGUAUGUCGUUAGACCGUAGUAAAUCGUCAGGCCGUAAAUAGUAUUUUGUCAGGCCUUAGUAGGUCGUCAGGCCGUAGAUGGUAUUCAGUCCGUAGAAGUUCGUUAGGCCGUAGUACCUCAUCAAACUGCAGCAGGUCGUCAAGGUUGUCAGCCCUUUGUAGGUCAUUGGGCCGUGGUAGGUCGUCAUGCCUCAGAAAGUUGUCAACCAUUAGAAGAGCCGUACUAAAUGAUCGGGCCACAGUAGCAGAUCGUUUUACUCAUUCCUUGGAUCGUCAACCCUUGAAUAAUCAAACCCAAUAUUAUGCAGUUGUUCCCUAGAGUUGUCCUAAAUAAAUGCUUCAUAAAUUCUCUUGUUUUUUUUUUUAGAUUGAACACGGUUAACGAGCUACGAAAGCAAAUUGAUGAACUGAUGAGUACAAACCUGGAGCAGAACGCUAAGCUGGCUUCCCUAGAUAGUUUACACAUGGAGAUUUUGGACAAGAAUAAAAUCAUAAAAAUUCUCAACCAACGUUUGCUGGAUAUGAAAAAGACGCUUCACGAAGAAAUAAAAAAUAGCAACAACAACAACAGCAGUUUGAUUUUAGCCAAUGGAAAUGUUCACAUGAACCAUACGGAGCAGCAGUUUGAGAGAUCCGGCUCGCGGGAAAAGCAGAUCGCUCCGAUGGCAAAUGGAUUAGCCGUACUUCAGAUUAGCAGUAACGACAAUAUUUCAGCAACAACAAUGGGAGCCCGAAUCAGUGCAGCAAAUGGAACGCAUAAAAGUGCCACCGGCACCAGUUCGUCCGCUUCUUCGUCAGGAAUCGUGAUGGAUGAAGUUAAUUUCCGAUACUUGAAACAUGUGAUAAUCAAAUUUCUUACCAGCCGGGAGGUGGAAGCCCGUCAACUGGUAAAGGCAGUGGCAGCGCUGCUGCAGCUGUCCUGUGAGGAAGAAAAACUACUCCAAGACACACUCACCUGGAAGAUGAGCUGGUUCGGCAGCCGACCGGGUCAACAUUCCCAGAUUUCUCUCUCGACGAUACCACCUAGCAGUUAAAGCUGCCUGCGCUGCGCCCCGACCAGGACACAACUUAAUCCACCAGCAAAGACUUAAACGCGCGCAAGCCUAGUGCAUGCAAUGUUUCGCUAAACAAAAUCUGCUACUGUUUGUAAGCAUGCAUUGAUAUCUCUAUCAGAACAAUAAUGCUGAAAGGACAGAAUUAACAGACAAAAAAAAGUUAAGCUCUCUAUUACCUACUCUUAACCACAAACACACAUUCUAAUCAACAAUAUUAAACCUAGGGCAGCAAAAUUUAACCAUUACUGUUAAAAAAAAGGAAUAUCAAGCAAAUAAAAUACAUUUUUUCUCUAAACAAGAACCUCCAAAAUCAAGGAUACAUAAUCAAGAGACAAAAAAUAUAAAUGAACACAAACGUUAAACAAGAGUUAACUCUAACUUAACAGAAUCUAUCUAUCUAACUCUAUCGAUCCUAUCAAUCUAGGCUCCAACUAUUUUAUCGGACUUAUUUUCUACCGUAAACGAUAUACUGAGCUAUCCAGUCGCCUUAUGAACGGGAGAUCGAGGGAGUGUACGCUAACACGAAAAUGAAGUAUUUCCAGAAAACUCCCCCUUCAACUAGUCUGUGUCUUUCUAAGAAAGCUUCGCUGCUUUUCGUUUAGAUUUCUUCGUUCGUUACAAUUUCCGUUGAUUUAUUUUGAAGAUUGAUUCCUAUUCGCAUAAGCUAACCGAUAUGAUGAGUUUUGUGAUACUUCAUGCUUCCUUCCAAAAGUAUUAUUAUUUUUUCGUCGUAUCUCACCAAGUAUUUCUUAUAGAGAAGCUUUCUCAGCUUUACAAUAGAAGCUACAUACAAGUUAAACGUACAGUUGUAGUCGUUCGGCAGUAAUCGUUUGAAACCAUUGUGACAUUUAUUGACAGCAAACUUGAUAGGCAGUAUUUGAAAAUAUAUAAAAGCAGGCAUUAAUGA